AUGUACGCCCAGUUGUUUGAUAACGAAAACAACUUAUUAUCGCAAGUAUUUCAGACAAAUAAAACUGACUGUGACGCUCCUACUUCGAGUUUCUUGACAAAAAUGGAAAGCCACGAUCCAAAUGAAACGAUUUCUGUUGAAGAUAAAAUUGAAAAAGUGGAUUUUGCUAUUAAUUUAUCUAAACAAAGUUUACCAACAUUUGAAAAAUUCUCCGAUUCAAAAUGUGAAAAUGAAGAAAACUAUUUAUCCGAGGGAAGAGAAUCAAUCCUCAAAUCGAUAAUGUCCCCGUCAACAUUCAAACAAUUGCUAGAAGGCGUUCGGGAUAUUAUAUCUCCGACGAAAGAUCCUGAUUGGACAUUUGAUCCGACCAACAACGCCAACGAUCCGUGCACAGAGAACGAGCAGAUCAGCACAUCAAACACCAUGGAGAUGUUAAACAACAAAUGCAUAAUCGUACCGGAUAGCGACGAUACCUUUUGCAAAAUGGAUACUUUAGAAUCGGCUUUCAUCGGUUUUAACAAUCAGCUGGCUUACUUAACAAAGGCUGAUUCGCAGCCGGUUCUAGCGUCGUUUGAAUCGAAAUUAUCCGAUAAAAUACUUCAAUACAAAAAUAUCAUCAAAAUGCCAGCAGGAAGUGAUGUACAAGCGGGUAAAAUUAAAUCUAAAUUGAAAUACCCUUUGAAAACUGUAAAAUCUGUACCGGCAUUUGUGAAUCCUUCUUUCAUGUUUGAUAGAGGGCUAUCGAAUGAAACCAGUAUAAGAACGCAAAACUUGGAUGUUGUUGAUGUUGAUGAUAAAAAUGAUGACCAGGUAAUGAUCAAGUCUUGUUCGACAAGUUUCGCCGAGAGUAACAUUACCACUCUUUCUGAGGACACGCCAAAUUUCAACUGGAGUUCUUUAAGAGAUCUUUCCAUUCCUUUAGAGAAAGUGCUCGCAGAACUUGACCAGACCUUGCAGCCGUUCAUUUCAAAAGAAAAAGAGGAAAGUUCAAUGAAUUCUUCGCUAGAAACCUCACCGACAUUGAACAGCCUGAUGAAGAGAUGCCCAAGUUACAACAACAUUUUAACACAUGCAUCACUAUUCGAAGAACACGCUCUAGUUAAGGAGUCGGAACAUUCUGCAAGUACUUCAGAUGUCGAUUCCACAUUCGCUGAGGUGACCGCAACUUUGCAGGAAACAACAUCAGAACUUGAAACUUUGAAAUUUGAUUUAGAAAAUAAUAAAAAGUGGUUUCAAAAAUCUCUUCAGGAUAAAAAAGUUGACGAGCAGAAAUAUGAUGACAUUGUUUCAAUAGUUAAAUGCGACGUUCCUGAAAAAACAGAACUUUCACCUUUGAAUUCUGACGUUGAACCGGCAGUGAAUAACUUGAAUCAAAGUAGCGAAACUUGCUUUUUAACUGACACUCCUGAAAACGAGAAUAUAAUAAAUUCACAAGAAACAAAUUCUACAGAGAUUGAAAAUGCAAAAAUGAAAAAGAAAAAGCAGCAUUUAGCACCAGUAAGUCCAGUAAAACUAAAUUUAGAGGAUAAACCAAACGCCAACAUUGACGAUGAAACUAACGAAGUUAAACUAACGAAAUCGAAAAGUGAGCUAAUGAGAUUGUUUUCAAUGAGUAGACACCGCGACAUGUCUCCCGAGCCAAUAUUUCUCGAAGGCCUCAAAUCUCCGUGUCUAAUUGAGCCUGAGAUGGAUGAGGUGCAUUUCUUGAGCGAUGAAGAUUUAAGAGAGAUUGACCUCGAUGAAGACAUACCUCCGAAACAUUUGCUCAAGAAUUUAAAUAAAAAACAGUCAUCCGCAAAUGCAGAAGUUAAGAAUAAUGAAAUUCAUUAUUAUCAGUUUCCUAGCACUUAUCAAAAUUAUCAUUCAGGAAGCAAAUACUAUGCAGACGUUGAAAAAAAUAAUUCGAUGGGAAACGGCGACAAGAUGGCAAAAAGCGAAGCAGCUGAGAAGCAAAUCAAACCUCAAUCAAAAAGUUUAGACUUGAAAAUUAAGCCAUUUAAUCAAAUGAAGACAAUCACAAACUCGCUAGAUGAACGGAAACUAACACACUCAGACAAAGCAAAAUCACAUCUUGAAUCUGAAAGGGACACUGACGACAAGAUAGCAUAUUCAGAGACGAUGUUGGAGAAGUUCAUCGAUAUAACCAGCUCAUUAUUUCGACAAGCAACGGGGAAAUUAGAGCCGGAGAUACCUCCAUCGCUCCAUCGCCGCCACUCAUCUCUAUGGAAAGAAACGAAACGUAAAUACAACUCACUCGAUGAAAAUGUUACACUUACAAAAAGUGAUUCGGCAAAAAGUAAGUCUGGAUGGUCGGUCAAAUCAUAUUCACUAGACUCACCGGCUGCAGAUUAUCAUGUAAAUCAGAUGAACAAGGAUGAUGAACACUUCUGGAAGCACGUGAAAGAAAUUGACCAGAGACCGAGUCACCUAUUUGGAUUCGUACCGCGAGGAGAUGAUGAUGCAUACAGCGUUGAUAAGUCAACGACUUCUGUGGUGGAUGAUCUACUGAGAAACACUUCAAGCCGUAGUUAUCUGACUGAAGAGGACGAUCUUCAAACUAAAAUAAUCAACGAAAGCUUUCAAAACAUUCAAGAGCUCAUGAAAAUCGCAGACGUUAAAACGUCUUCAACGUACAUUAGUGAAUGUUUAUCAGAUGCUAACGCUGCUGCUGGGGAAUCUAACGCGAACGCAAACAAGGUUAUGCAAAGAAACGACAGUGACGAUGGCGAAGUUGUCGACAUUUUUGGCAUAAAAAUUUCAAAAUCCAAACAUUAUUUGCACCAGAGAAUAAAAGACGAAAUAAAAAUUGUGACGGCGACCAAAAGACUUCGAAUUGAUGAGGCGGAAGAGAUUAGGAUGAUGGAAGCAGUGAUGGCCGAAAGAGAGAAAAUCAGAAAGAUUAAAGAAUACCCGCCCGCACCGAACAACUAUAGAGAAGUUAAAAAUAAUCAACUCGAUUACCGAUACGAUUAUACUUCGGAAGAUACGGAGCCAAUCGAACCAAAUAUUCAAGAAACUUUUGAAGAGGAGUAUAUCGAUGAUGAAUGCAUAGAUGAUGUGUUACUAGCAAAAUCUAAACUGUCGGAAGAUUUUCAAAAUAUACUGAACGACAUUUCCGAUCUGCCAUUACUGAUUGAUAAGAAACAUUCAAGAGCAUCGUCUGCAUCUUCAUACACAGGCAGUUCAACUUCUGUUGAAGCUUACGAAGCGCCCAAAAACUACACGGAAAGGGGAAACCGAAAGUGGUAUUUCAACACAGCUGGGAAUCGAAAUCGAAAUCGCUCAGAAUCAUCGAAUAGCUGUUUUAGCGAUAGUUUCGUAAAAAAUAAACCGCGUCAAGGCAAACUUGAAUCGCGUUCUUCUCAGAUGAUCUAUCCGGUUGAAGAUGACCAGGUUGCAGUGGCUGAGGCUUACAGCAACGUCGCCCCAACCAGCAUCUCAUACUCGCUGCCAGGGAGUCGAUCGUCGUCGAUGUCUCGAUCUAUAAACUCUAAUUUCUCGUCCGACUACGAUUGUUUUUACAACGUUAACAACGACAAUUACCACGAUAACUUUGAUUACUACCAAAAAUACGACCCAGAUUAUGAAUACUUGUGUAGAUUGGAGAAGGAAGAGCAGAUGAAACAGGAGAAACUGAACAGGCUGCGUGUUGAAAUUGAGAAACGACGGAAACACUUGCUGGUCAUGACUCCAACGCAGCCUGCACAUGCAAGCAACAGUGCCUGGCAAACGUGGAACCAGCCGCAAAAUUAUUGGCAGUCAGAACUCAAUCAUCGUCAGCAGAUGGAAUGGCUCCGGAGAGAUGAUUACAUGGAGAAGAAAAUGCACAUCGACGAAAACUCGGGAAUCAUCAAACCUAUCGAUUAUCAAAUCAGCCGCCAGCGACCGCUAACCUACAAUCGUUUCAAUUCCGAACAUGAUUUUCACAGCAAGAAUUUACUGAUUCAGCAACAAAGACAGCAACAACAGCAACAGUUACUGCAGCAGCAAAAAUAUUUUCCUGAUUAUUACGCGCAAAUGUACUACCAACAGCCAAACACAGAGCCCCAAUAUUUGCAUGCAUCUCCAAAGAAAUCAUCUUCAGAUCAAAGACUCACUCCGAUAAAUUUAACAGACUUGCUGGGUAUAAGUGACGUUCAGCGCGCCCUAGCAAACUCACAGUCAGGCAGUCCUCUUAACAGAAAAUCUUAUAGCAGUCCCACAAAAAAUAUCAUCCAUCCAAUUCAAACCAGGGAAACAUCUCGUCAAAACCCUUACCACACUUUGGCACAAACCUACAGGCAGUACCACCAACCAACGAAAUUCAACCAGACAUCCGACAGCAGACAUUACUACAGAGCCACGCAGAGCAACCAAACGGAAACAUCGGAAUCAGAGGAAUCCUUACUCCAUUAUUGCCUUCCUACUCACGGCAGCAGUAGAGAUUCCGGUGUUAGCAGUAAUGGGAUGAUGGCGGAAGUUCCAGCUCAAAACGAUCAACUCCCAACAACGAGAUCCCGAUCUGGAGAUCUGUUCGCCAUGCAAAACUCCUCACCUGCACCUCACUACGCCACCUACAGAAAAAAAGUCGCGAGCAACCUCUGUAGAAUGGGCUUGAACGUUUUGAAUGAAAAGAAAUAUCCGAAACAGACAAAUUCAGCGGCCGCGUUGAAAUGUUACAACACUGGACCCCAACUCGAACAGGGAUGUGCUGCUGCUAGGGAUGAACAGAAUACUGAGAUGAAUCGGAGGUUGUUAUGUGAACAGGCUACACCAUUGGAGAGAGGCUUUGCCAGAAGUCCAAGUGACUAA